GCAUUAGAAAUUGUCGCUCGAAUUGAAAUUUCGAUCUCAGGAAACCGUGCUUGGGACAGUGAACAAUUGCGUGCUCUGACGUUUCAGGGACUUCGCACAUCUCGCAGUCCGAUUCAUCAAUAAUCUUCAUUUUUGCCAGCCAGAACUUGGAGAAGUCGUGACCAGCCAUCAAACGAUUUGUUAGCCGAAUAUGUUCAACCGGUAAUACCAGGGCUCCGUCGAGAAUUCUGCGAAAAUUUCGUGGAACCGCUUACCCUUUUCUGUGGAAUAUUCUUGGUACCAUUCUUUGGCAGCUUGCUGAGUUUUUAAAUUGAAUCGGUAAAGUGCAUUUUUUGGAAAUAAUCCAUUACCGUAUGUUGGUGUUUCAUCGGACAGUCCUGCUUUGGCAACUUGUCUGCUACCUCGUUUCCUUCGAUCGCCACAUGACUUGGGAUCCACUGUAUAAUAACGCCGUACCGAUGAGCAAUCUGUAGUGUUUCUACUACAAUUUUUGAACCAAUUCUACCAUCUAUUGCAUUUUCCAAUAUUAUACAAACCGACUUCGAGUCUGUGUACACCACACAUUCCUGUAGCUGCAUCUGCUCGACGAAGGACAGUGCUUUUCUGAUUGCCGUUACUUCUGCUGCCGUGAUACUUCCUGUUCCAAUUUAUAAUAAUACCGUUUUUUACAGGCCUCCAGGUAUAUUUCGACCGCGCAUCUCUCGCCAUCCUUUGAAGCAUCUGUAAAUAUGCGCUUUCUUCCGCGGUACUUAUGGUUCAUAGUGAACAGUGCCAGUUGCUUCAUUUUGAAAGGAUUUGUUUCGUUUUUGACGGUGGUUAAACCUUCCAAGUUUGGGUGGACCUUAACCGUGACUUGGUUUAAUCUUCCAGUUCACAUGAUGUUGUCGAAAACAGAUUUGUUUUUCAAAUAUAUCCUUUCUAAAUAACUGUACUUUUCCAGGUCCGUACCUUCCGGGAUUUCCAGACGUCUGAGUUGGAUGGCUACAGCGUUUUCCCUGCUGAAAGAUCUAACAAUUUCUUGAUUUGCUACAAGCUCCUGCCUAAGGUGAAACGGAUAUUGACCGGCUAGCAUUGUUAAAGCAUUGAGUGGGGUACUUUUGGUACAGCCAGUUAUUUUUCUCAAACACUGGUUGUUCACGACUUCAAGCUUCCUUGUUUGUAGUAUUGGCAUUGUUCUGCACACCACAUCCAUACUCUAGUACGCUUCUGACCAAGGCUUUAUACAUAUAUGUUUGCCAUUGUUGGUGGAUGUGCUUCCGUUCGGAUUCCACUUAUAAUUUUUAGCAUGUUGAGGCGGUCGUUGACCUUCCUUGCUUCUUCUCUGGUGUUAGCUCCGAAACUUAAAUUACUGUCGAUGUAUACUCCAAGAAGACGAUGUACUUUCACUGUUUCUAAUUGGGUUCCAUUUAUUUUGACGAUCACCACGUUGGUACUGUUGUGGAAUAAUAUUGCCUUAGUCUUGUCUGCGUUUAUCGUGAGAUUGAGAGCCUCUGCCGCUUCUACCAAUCUAUCUAUAUAGUUUUGGGCGGCAUUGUUUAAGCCUUCUAAUGUUCUGCCCUGUACCAGGAUACCGAAAUCGUCAGCAUACUGAACUAGAAUAACAUCGUCAUCAUCUAUGUUAUGCAGACAUAGGGUGUAAAUGUUAAACAGCGUCGGUGAGAGGAUAUCACCUUGAGAUAUUUACAGACGAUAAGAUUCGGCCGGCAUUAACUUUUGUGUCAUAAUGGCGUACUACAAGGGAGCGGCUAGUGAGGGCGGUCGUGCAAUGCAAUUAAUGAAAAAGCGGGAGAUUGCCCAGCAAGAGAUCGAAUUUCGUAAAAAAAAGAUAGAAGAGGACUUGAAAGUAAGCAAUAUUGAAAACAAAUUUGCCACUCAUUAUGACGCCGUGGAACAGCAACUCAAAACAUCAACUAUUGGGUUGGUUACGCUUGAUGAGAUGAAACAGAAGCAAGAGGACAUAGUCCGCGAGCGCGAAAAAAAGUUGGCUCAGAAGAAAGAAGAAAAAGACCGCGAGAAGUUGCGAGCUCUUGAGGCCAAACAAGCAGAAAAAGAUCGUCAAAAGCGACAAAUUCAAGCUUUAUCGUUUAAUCCAAACGAUAGUGAGGACGAUGAGAUAGAAGAAGACGAAAAGCUUGAUAUUAGACCAAAAAAGUGGCAAACGGAGGAACGCAACGAGAAUAAAAUAAAGAAAAUUAGGAAGAAUCCAGAUGUAGAUACUUCAUUCCUACCGGAUCGGGAACGGGAAGAGAUGGACAAUACUUUGAGGGAGGAGCUUCGCCAAGAAUGGGCGAUGAAGCAGGCUACCCUCAAAGAUCAGGAAAUAAUGAUUACAUUCAGUUACUGGGAUGGCUCAGGGCAUCGCAAAUGUGUCACGAUGAAGAAAGGAAAUUCAAUUUAUCAAUUUUUACAGAAAUGUCUCGAAAUGCUUCGUAAAGAAUUUAGCGAGCUGAAAACUGUCAUGGCUGAUCAGCUUAUGUACGUGAAGGAGGAUUUAAUUCUUCCACAUCAUUACACUUUUUACGAUUUCAUCGUAACGAAAGCACGCGGAAAAAGUGGUCCAUUGUUCAAUUUUGAUGUCAAAGAUGAUAUUCGAAUGAUUAGCGACGCAACAGUUGAGAAAGAAGAAUCACACGCAGGAAAAGUUCUUUUGCGAUCUUGGUAUGAAAGAAAUAAGCACAUUUUUCCUGCUUCUCGCUGGGAGCCUUACGAUCCAACAAAAGUUUACGAUAAAUAUACAAUUAAGGACAAAUGCAAAAAAUAAUUCAUCAUUAGCUAUUAAGGAUUUCAGUAUGGAUGUACAGCAACAAACUUUAAUUAAACUCGUUACAAUAGAUGAUACAAAUA